CGGUGCAUCUCUCCGUUUCACGGUCACUCACCUUCGCUCUCCAACCUCUCCUCUGACUCUACUCUCGCUCUUCCGCGUUCCGUUUAGUUACCUCUACGUCUGACAAGAUCGUAUCGUUCAUGCUGUUGCUGGGAGGCAUACUCACUCAACGCUUCAACUACCUUCUCUCCUCUCAGUCGCCUUAUCUCUGAUAAGUCUCCUGACCUUUCUCAGCAGCUCUUUCGUCCACUCUACACCCCGAUGGCUACCAGGGAUCACUGUCUACUAUGCUUUGAGGCGCUGGAGGCUCAUCUCACUCACCGCAAAGCUCUGACUUUGGAAGAGAUUCAAGAAUCCUCAGCCUCUGCCUCAGAUCUAGAGCCUGCUGCUCCAAAGACCCUUGACGAUCCUAGUCUUCGGCAUCUAGCGAUCCCUGAUGCCAGCGCUUCUUCUUCUUCCUCCUCUUCCACCUCGCUAGGUGCUUCCACACCUGCCACGAGCACCUCUUCUCUUCCUAUCCCCCCAACAUCUGCCCCGCUAUUCGUGACAUGGAAUACGAUGGAGGAUGGCGAGCCCGUGCUGCGAGGUUGUAUCGGCACAUUCGAAGCUCAAGAUCUAGCUGAGGGUAUCCCGGAAUACGCCCUUAUCUCUGCCCUUCAAGACACUCGCUUCUCCCCAAUCAGAAAGUCCGAAUUGCCUACGCUCCAAGUCGCGGUCACACUCCUGACCGAUUUUGAAGAAGUCGAUGACAUAUUCGACUGGGAAAUUGGCGUUCACGGCAUCCGACUCUCAUUCUACGAUCGUGGCCGCCGUUAUGGCUCAACCUACCUCCCAGAUGUAGCCUCCGAGCAGGGAUGGACUAAAGAAGAAACGCUCUUCAGUCUCAUCCGCAAGGCGGGGUGGACUGGUAGUCGAGGACGCUGGAAAGACUUGGACCUCAAGGUCACACGCUACCAGGGCAAGAAGACUAUUCUGGAGUACGCUGAUUACAAGAAGUGGAUUGACGAGGCGUGAAGAGGUGGCUAGAGGGUAAGAAGAUGCUUCUAGACAUAGAGGCCCGGCGUUUAUGGCAAUGCAGAUGUGAUUAUCGGUGACACAUUUUCUCUCAUAUUUGCUCAAGAGGCAGAGCUGGGUUUGUAAGCAUUCGCAUCUAACAGGCAGCUACAGACAAUAAACCUCAUGAUUGAUUUCAACGUGCAGGAUUGGGUGGCUAUUCACAACGCGUUUGCUGGUUUGCUGCAAUUUCCGUGAUUAUGGAAAGUCAUGACUUACAGCCUCCCUGCCACAUUCUCGAUGACUGUGGCUUCCAGAGCAUAAACUGACCGUAUUUGACGAUCCUCUUCUGGAAAGCAAACUAGGCACCAUCGCCAGAUAUCCUACGUGAAAGAGCAUCAACCGGCUCAAUAUCUGGUUUCGAUGAGACUGGUGUACAGGCCAGUGUCCUGAUUAACCCACGUUUACAAGCAGAAGUCAACAGCGCACUAAGCAGCAAACAAGUGGUCAAGGUAAGAUAGUAUCAUCAGUCCCGGCGGUGUUAGAACCAAGACAGUAGCGCACAAGCAUAACUCCAUGAUGUCAGAUGAUGGAAGACAUCCUUUCCCCAGAACAAACGCGUCCUCUGUAAAACGAUAAAGAAGAUAAAAGACCAAGCCCUUCGCCAAGACGCCGAGAUAUCCCUGGUAUAUAAUGAUUUUGAAGCCUUGUGAAAUAUUCCUCCCAACGAACCCACACAAACUCUCCCAGCAUUUUGCUUAUCCUGUUCUCACAAUGCGCUUGCCCGAGUUCACCAACAUCGCAGGCUCUUCCAAAAGCCGUUAUCCUUCUUCCCUCCCACUCUGUCGCCCUGAAGAUUCGGGCCUCGCACUCCAACCGCGCGCUUCUCGAUGUCGCUAUCGGUCGGAAGAGGCGUCAGCGGUUUCGUCAUACCGCGGGCAUUGAACUCUGCUGCGUCUGGACCUGUAUCAGCAAGUCGUCGAGCCUCAACCACCCGGCGCACAACCAAUGCAAACGUCUCUUCGAUGUUGACUUCCAGGCGCGCACUCGUCUCCAUGAAUCCACACCCGCGCUUUCGGGCCCAUUCAAGACCUUGAGCCGCAGGGACUUGUCUGCUCUCUUGCAGAUCGCACUUGUUGCCGGCGACGAGCUUGACAGGAGGGAUGGUGCGGGACCGCGUAUCGUGACCUGAGCGCAGACCAGCACGGCGAGCGCGGUCAGCGUUAUCAAGACGAGUCUCUGCUUCCAUAUCGAUAAGUUCAUUAAAAUGCUGCAGGGCAUCUAAGGAGUCUUUGGAUGUGAUAUCGUAGACGAGGAGGAAAGCAUCGGCGCCGAGGUUCGAGGAAGCCCACAUGCCACGGUACUCCUCCUGGCCGGCCGUGUCGGUAAGAGAUAGGUGGUAGGUAACACCAUCGAUGCGGCGCGUCACGCUAUAUGAGUCCUCGAUAGUCGGGUCGUAGUCUGAAGUCCAUUGCGAGCGAACUAGGCGCAGUGUAAUGGAGGACUUUCCGCAUCCACCAUCGCCGCAGAUCGUGAUAGAUAUAGGAACAGGUGUCUGUGUCGGAGCCGUCAUGUCGGAGGCUGCGCUGAAUCGUUUAUGAACCGAAAGUGAGCGUUGAAGAAAAAGGAGAUUUUUGCGGUAUGGUGGUACUGGGUGGUAGCCCAAGCGGAAGCUGUAGGGCGAUCACAAUAGGCACCGAAACGCGCCGCUUGUGGAUCGGAUGACAGGAAAUUCUAGAAUGAUUCUAGAUGCGGUCCAAGGCCUUUUGGUGCAGUGGAGUUGUAUUGUUGGAGCCGAGUUCUAUUGUUUUUCGAGUCGAGUCAGGUGUAUGAUAUCGUUUCGAUCGUUCUAGUCGUGUCUCGUCGCAAUCGGGUGCAAGAUCUGUACGUGAGCGUAUGUGUAUGGUAUUAUAAUAUGGAAGUGGUG